AUGAUACAUUGUUCCGUAUAUACGUUAUACGGUCUACCUUCUGUGAUACCUGGUGCCGUACAUACUUUAUAUGGUCAACAUCCUAUGAUACCUGGUGCCGUACAUACUUUAUACGGUCAACCUUCUAUGAUACAUGUUGCCGUACAUACGUUUUACGGUCUAACUUCUGUGAUACAUGUUGCCGUACAUACGUUAUACGGUCUAACUUCUGUGAUACAUGGUGCCGUACAUAUGUUAUACGGUCAACCUUCUGUGAUACAUGGUGCCGUACAUACGUUAUACGGUCUACCUUCUGUGAUACAUGGUGCCGUACAUACGUUAUACGGUCUACCUUCUGUGAUACAUGGUGCCGUACAUACGUUAUAUGGUCAACCUUCUAUGAUACAUUGUGCCGUACAUACGUUAUACGGUCUACCUUCUGUGAUACAUGUUGCCGUACAUACGUUAUACGGUCAACCUUCUAUCCAAAAUCAUGGAAAGAUGUCUGUGUUUUACCUGUUUGGCAUAAUAGUAUGUUUAAAAUAA